AUGUAUUCUAAGCUCGCUCUUGCUUCUUCGCUAUUCGCUGUUGCUCGCGCACAGCAAAUCGGUACCCUCACAACCGAAACUCACCCUCCUUUGACAUGGCAGAAGUGUACCGCACCAGGUUCUUGCACAACUGUCAAUGGCAAGGUUGUCAUGGAUUCUAACUGGCGGUGGUUGCACUCAACUUCUGGAUCAACUAACUGCUACACCGGAAACACUUGGGAUGCAACUCUGUGCCCAGACGAUGCUACUUGCGCCACCAAUUGCGCUCUUGACGGAGCCGACUAUACUGGCACUUAUGGUGUUACAGCCAGUGGAAGCUCGCUGAAGUUGGACUUCGUUACUUCGGGAGCGAACAAGAACGUCGGCUCGCGUCUCUUCUUGAUGGCCGACGAUACUCAUUACCAGAUGUUCAACCUAUUGAACCAAGAAUUCACCUUCGAUGUUGAUGUUUCUCAUCUUCCUUGUGGUCUGAACGGUGCGCUUUACAUGUCUGGCAUGGCUGCCGAUGGUGGUGUCUCGCAGUACCCUACUAAUAAGGCCGGUGCUGCCUAUGGAGUUGGAUACUGUGAUUCUCAGUGCCCACGUGAUCUGAAGUUCAUCAACGGCCAAGCCAAUGUUGAGGGAUGGACUCCAGACUCCAACAGUGCCAACUCUGGAACAGGACAGUAUGGCUCAUGCUGUGCCGAGAUGGAUAUUUGGGAAGCAAACUCCGUCUCCGCUGCAUUGACUCCUCACUCCUCCGACAAUGUCACUCAGACAAGAUGCGAUGGCAACGCCUGUGGCGGUACCUACUCUACCGAUAGAUAUGGAGGUACCACUGAUCCCGAUGGAUGCGAUUUCAACUCUUACAGAAUGGGCAACACCACUUUCUACGGCCCUGGCAUGACCGUUGAUACCAACUCAGUCUUCACUGUCGUCACCCAAUUCCUGACUGAUGAUGGAACUGCCACCGGUAAUCUCAAUGAGAUCAAGCGCUACUACGUUCAAAAUGGCAAGGUCAUCCCCAACUCGCAGUCCAACAUCGCUGGCGUCUCAGGAAACUCCAUCACAGAGACCUUCUGCAAGGCCCAGAAGACCGCUUUCGGAGACACCAACGACUACGAUGCUCACGGAGGCUUCUCUUCUAUGAGCGAGGCCUACAAGACCGGUAUGGUCCUCGUCCUUUCCCUCUGGGAUGAUUACGCAGACCAAAUGCUCUGGCUCGACAGCAACGACCCAGCUACUGGAGAUGCCACCAAGCCCGGUGUCGCUCGUGGAACCUGCGCCACCACCUCCGGUGUCCCUGCUACUAUCGAAUCCUCCGAGGCCAGCUCCUAUGUCAUCUACUCCAACAUCAAGGUCGGUGCUAUCAAUUCUACCUACACCGGCACUCUCGCGUCAGGCGGAUCCGGAGGAUCAUCAGGCACAAGCUCCAGCGUCGUCGUUGGUUCCUCGACUAAGGUCCAAGUCCCUACCAGCACCAGCGUAUCUUCAAGCGGUGGAGCCGCCCACUACGCACAAUGUGGCGGUGUCGGAUGGACUGGUGCAACCACUUGCGCAGGUGGCUACACUUGCACGGCCGCGAAUGCAUACUACUCCCAAUGUUUGUAG